GUGGGCACAGGUGGGUGGCACUGGUGGGCACAGGUGGGUGGGCACAGGUGGGUGGCACUGCUGGGCACAGGUGGGUGGCACUGCUGGGCACAGGUGUGUGAAAUUGCAGAGUGGCACAGGUGGGUGCACUGCUGGGCACAGGUGGGUGAUCUGCUGGGCACAGGUGGGCGGAACUUGCGGGUGACUUGCGGCACUGCUGGGCACCGAUCAUCAGGGCACUGAUCAUCAGUGCCCUGAUGAUCGGUGCCGAUCCCCGCUCUGACAACUGCCGGUUCUCGGCAGUACUUUCCUCACGAUCUGACAGCGUGAGGAAAGUGCAGCCGAGAACCGGCACUUGCAU